AUGGUCUUGCUGUACGAGUGGCUCCGAUGGCCCGCCAAGGAAACGCAGGCGAAACACGAGUGGAAGGCCGCCGGGAGGCCUGUUCCUCUGUGCCUCGUCAUGUACGAACCCGUGGUGACUCUCAUGUCCAUAAACAUCAUCUUAGCUGCCGUCGGCGCAGACGAUUCGCGACACCUAAGGUGGUUGAACGAACUCGAAAGUUACCUCAAGUCCAACGACUCCGGGGUAUCCAAGAAGCCGUUCAACCUGUACGCGUCCAUGUCGCUCUUCGGCAUGCUCUACCCGAUGUGCUUCGAGUACGCGGAGAUGUUCCGCUUCUACCAUAGCGUGUACCACGUCGUCUACCACCCUCAGGUGUUGCUGCCUAUCCGAAGAGGGCUUAUGUUUCAGGCAUCUAGCGCAACAAGCCGAGUUCAAGCCAAGAACGUCGUCAUCACGCAGGGGGUUGAGGUUAUGAGCCUCAUGUGCCAAGUCUACCAGUCCAUAACCUCACCGGUUACGAAUUCGAAGAAGCCAAAGCAAUACUUCAGUCAGCUCAUGUCAAUCGUGCAAAGCCAGCCAACACCGGCAGCCUGCGCCGCCGUCUACCAGGCUGCGCGCUUGCUCCGACUGUGGGACCGGGCCCGUGAAUCCCUCCAACUGUGGGACGCCUUGCCCUCCUUUGAAAGCUGCGAAGAAGCCCGCCGGAACGCGAACGCUGGCGCCUCGGACGCGACGUUUGAUGUAGCUGCGUUGUAUCCGCCCAUCGACAAGACUGCCGACACAAUCUUCACGGCGCUGGGACCGCGGGAGUUGUCCACAGAUUCCAGGAUGAAAAGGUCUUUCUCCACCGAUUCCAUGGGUCGUCUCGAUGCUGGUGAUGACGAUCUGGCCGAAGACGUACCCGUGGACAUCUACGGGUGUAUCUUGCUCUUUUGCAAAGGCGAUACCGAGAUUGGAGAAGUGAUGGACAAUCGACGCCCGAAGGGCGAUGCCACAUCUCCGGCGCAGGAUCAGACGGACGAAUUGCAGCUCAAAAAAACGCGUCUAGCUGCAGAACUCUUCGCAAAGGCGGCAGAUGAUGCCGCAUUGAUCGGCAAUGGUCUAAUGGAAGUGCGGGCGUCUUCCGCAUGCGCACGGCUGCUGUGGGAAACAUUGGAUCAGGGUCCAGACGCGCGUCAAAGGCUACGUCAGAUUUUCGAAAAGUUUGACACGCUGUGCUCUCUCCCGAAUUUCUUCACGCCAUUGCGUCUUACUGGCCUCACCGCCGCUAUGCGCCUGAACAGCGAUAUGGGGGGGUGCUCCGAGGAUGGAGAUACAAGUGACAAAGAUGAGUAUGGAUUCGGUGCUAUGCACGCUGAGGACAGUGACGACAGCGAGGAAAGCGAGGACGGCGAGGACGGCGAGGACAGUGACGAUCGCGAAAGCGAUGAUAGUGGUCAGGAGAAGGACGCGAUCACAAUUGGAGAAGCACGCGACAAGAAGCAGGGGGAAACAGUGGAGGAGCGCGGGGGGGGAGAGGGCAGGGACGAUGAGGAUGAAGAGGAUGAGGAAGAUGAGGAGGAUAAGCAUGAUUUGGGAAUGGCAAAGAGCGACAGAGCGGAAGGACCUGGCGGAGAGACGAACAAAGAUGCAGCAGCAGCAGCAGCAGCAGCAGCAGCAGCGCACAGGCAGAAUCAGCCCAUUGCCUCCCCACAACCAGCUUCAUUUACGCGCUCAAGCUUGAAAGGCACAACCUUGCUAAAUCAGUCCGUAAAAGAACAACAGGGUCCCAAAGGGCAUUCUGUUUGGUUUAGGCAAUUGCACGAAGGGGAUAGUGGCGAUGACCUGGGAGAGCAAGAAGAUGUUCACAAGGGAGACACCAGUGAAGCAGAGUCCAGCCGGGAGAAAGAAGCCCACGAGCCUGGACAAGCAGCCCCGCCCCCACUGGCUGAAGAAGUCGUGUCCAACUAUGAGCCAACCGCUGAUUCUCUUGGUACUGAACACAUAAGUGAAGGAGACGGGGCAAGCAAGCUACUGGCUCGGGCUCACACCAACAGACGGACCUCCGGCCCUAUUGACGUGGCUACUCUUAUAUUGCCCCGUAGGCCGAAAGCCAAGCGAGAGUCAUCUGGGGCGCAACAUAGAGGUGGGGCACAUAGGAAGCUAUCGCCGGUGUCGGGCGAAUGUGGCGACACCAUGGAUGAAGGCGGAUAGUGUUGUUGUAGGGACUGACCAGGAGGGUGAGGGAACACAAUACUUCGUCGACGUGUCAGCCGAAGCCUAUUUGGGGGGGUUUCGCCGCCAGGGUCCCAUUCGGGGAUCCCAUUGAAGCUUUGUCCUGUGUUGUCGCUUGGGCCCACGCGGAAGGCGACCACCAUCAUCCAAGGGCCUUUCAAAUCUCUGCGACGAGGACAAGUCAUCUGUAGGGCUAGCGGCGUGUCGUGUCGGUGUUGUCGAUUGAGGCGAUAUUUGAGGAGCUUUCACAAAACGAUAAGCGGUCAAUUGACGUAGUAUGAAGUGCGCGAUCAGACGGGCAAGGUGUGGACGGCCGCACCCAUCGGGAUUCGAUUCAAAAUGAAUCCCGCCCUGACUUGUAGAGGAGGUAGUAUUGUAUUUGCUGCAAACGCCAGCUUUCCAAAUCACACUUCGUUGCUUGUGGGCUUCCGAACCUAAUCCCCCAUACGUCUAUAGCUUUUCUGCUGUUGAAGUGUGCUGUUGCCUGCUCGAAUCAUGAAAGCUUCGAGGCAGUCGUGAAUGUCUCCAUUGUUUGGGUGUACAGCCAUGUAUCACAAUUAGGGUUUCUAGGGCGAUUUCAACGUAGUCUCCCGUGGGGUGCGUAGAGGAGAAUCACAAUAGUUCGGUGUACGCGAUCAGUUUUUAUAUGUACACGGAUAAUGAUAUUUUGUUUUGAUUUGCUCAGCCUUCUCAGACCUCCAUGGUAUGGGUGGUUGGCCACAAACGCCCCCAAGGCUUCAAGUAUUUGCAAAUCGUAGCGGUGUUCCCGCUUGUUUUUUCAGCUUUGGCAAAGCUUUGGAGCUUGAGCGAUGGACCCUGUUUUUUUUUACGAGACUUUUUGCUAUGUCCUGUAGUUCGACCCUUUAUGCAUAUGAAGACGUAUUGUGUUGACACAUUUCCCCCCGCCACCGGUGAGAAUGUGACCCUGUCUGUUGCGUUCAGUCGGUGAAAAAUGUUUGGGGUCAGUCUACAGUCUAACCGCCGACGUGCAUUCCUCCCCGUUUAAAAUACCGGCAGAAGAGACUGGGAUUUUUUUUAGCUGACUAGACUAAUUGUAGCGAAAGAGAUAACCAAACAAGCGUCAACAACAUUUCCGCGACUGAAACACCUAAAUGAAAAGAGGGCCACACUGGCUGAGUGAUUCAGUUGAGUAGCUUAUGGGCG